AUGGGCCCGAACGUUGGCAACGGCAUGGGAGGGAUGGAAAUGGGCAUGCACAUGCAGGGCCAUGGCCCCAAUCAGCCACCCGCCACUGAAUACACCCUCCAGGGCGUCAUGCGCUUUCUACAGACCGAAUGGCACCGACACGAGCGGGAUAGGAACUCGUGGGAGAUCGAGAAGCAGGAGAUGAGAGGGCGGAUAGCAAAUCUCGAAGGCCAGGCGCGCCGCGCCGAUGCCACACAGCGGGCUCUGCGCAAGUACGUUUCCAUCUUGGAGAAGAAGGUGAAGGAUCAGGCCACGCAGCUCAAGGGCUCUGGGGCGACCGACGCCGCCGAUGACGAGCACAAUGACCGCGCUGCAAAGAUCCAAGAGAAACUCGCAUCUGCGGCAAGCCUACAGAAACAAGCGAUACCGGGCGUCGACGGCGUCGAGGCUGAGAAGGCCGAUGACGAAACCCAGCGGCACGAGCUCAAGACGUUCCUGGACCAGUGCCAGUCGGAGUUCAUGUAUCUAAUGAUCACUCCAGCGAACCCACACCCGCCUCGCGAAUCGCCCCCGCUACCGAUCAUGGAGGAUCUACGUGAGGUGGAAGCGUUUGGGAUGCCUGGGCCGCAGCCGAUGGAACGCCAAUACCCCCUCCAUCAACGGCCGGCGCAGAACCACGUCGGGGAGAUGGAUUCAAGGCAGCAUCAGCAACCUCAGGGACACGGCCAGCCUAUGCAGCAUGCUCCCUUGAACUUCCACCCCAAGUCCGACCUCCAGCCGCAGCCAAUGGUCCGGUCUACCAACGAGCACCAGCAACCUCUAUUCCACAACUCCAACGACUGGAACAACCCAGUGUCUGUGACAACACGACAGGUGGACGGGAACGCGUCUGACGCUGCCACCCAGGCUGCGGAAUCGCUUGCCGGGAUGGAUGAUUCUGCCGACUUCAAGGGAAAUCCGCCUCCAGUGACUGCGGAAACCGAUGGCUGGGAGUUUCCUGAGGGGACAUUUCCCGAACCUGGGAACGCCCAACCACAGUCGACCUCAAACCGGCCCGAUACUGAUGUAUUCCCCAACGCCGACAACCUCCCAAAAUCUCCCAGCCGGGGCCCAGGCUCGCACAGGAGAAAGACGUCCAUGUCUAGGAGAAGGAGUGCAGACUAUGACAACGGGAUCGGGGCAGGCCAAAAAGCCGAUGGGUUCAGCUUCAAGCUCAGGUUUGGUCUCCGAGGUCACCUGGAUACCGUCCGCACUGUCAUCUUCUCAGGCGGUGGCAGCCCCGGCGAGCCAGAGAUCUGCACUGCCGGUGAUGAUGGCAUGAUCAAGAGGUUCCAUAUCCCCCGCCUAGAUGGACACAACCCUGUUCUCGCGGGCGCUGCCUCUGACCUGGACGUGACGGCAAACUUCACGCAUCGGGGACACGUUGGAUCAGUCUUGACCCUCACUUCGUGGUGCCCCUCUCCCAACUUUGCCACCGGAGGUCGUGCCCAAGGUGACGGCUGGAUCUUCUCGGGCGGUCGAGAUUCCACCAUCCGAGUGUGGGAGCGUGGCAGGGUGGACCCCAAGGCGACAAUCGACGGCCACACUGAUGCUGUGUGGGCACUCUGUGUGCUGCCGGCGACUCUGGGCUCGGUAUUUGGCAGCUCCAGCCAGCACGGCAGCACCGAUCGCAUCCUGCUCGUGUCCGGAGCUGCAGACGGCACCGUACGGCUCUGGUCGGUCAGCGCACCCCCUCAGCUGAGUAGCCCUCAACCUGCGCCUGCUCGUGCUGCAGGCGGUCGUGGAUCCCGGGUUCGAGGAAACUCGAUGAGUUCCGGCAGCGGGUUCUCCAACACGCCCCAGCCCACGGUGGCAUCCAACUCUCCCUUCAACCACACGCUCGUGCACAGCAUCACGCGUUCAGAUGAGUCCAAGGCAAGCCCGACCUCCAUCACCCCCCUAGGCACCACCGGAGAAUCGUUUGUCGUCUCCUACUCGGACGCAGCCAUCAUCGUGUACGACACCCGCACUGGUGAGCAGAUCGGCAACAUGGACAGCAUGGAGACGUACGACGGAUCCAUCAAGACUGGCGUCAACGCCGUCGUCGCCACCACGGUCGGACUGGAUCAGGCCCAGCACCACGCCGGCACCCUGGGCGAGGAGGAGAACGGGGCCGGCGGCCCUACAGGCGGCCCCUCAAUGGCCGGGUCCGGCAUCGAGGGGACAAUCAUCUCUGGUCACGAGGAUCGCUUCGUCCGAUUCUUCGAUGCUAACAGCGGGCAAUGUACAUAUAACAUGCUGGCCCACCCCGACGCCAUCUCGAGCCUGUCACUCAGCCCCGACGGCCUGGAGCUCGUCAGCGCGGGCCACGACGCGUCCCUCCGGUUCUGGAGCCUGGAGAAGCGCUCGUGCACGCAGGAGAUGACCAGCCACCGCGUGAUGCGCGGCGAGGGGGUCUGCUCCGUCGUCUGGAGCCAGGACGGGAAGUGGGUGGUGAGCGGAGGGGGCGACGGCGUCGUCAAGGUGUUUGCGCGGUAA